CCUAAAGGAACGUCAGAUUUUUGCUUAACGGAAACUGUGAAAUUUCCAAGUGAAUUUGCUACUAUUUGCGGACGAAAAAGGUGCUAAAUAGGAGCCUGGAGCUGUGAGAAGUCUAUCGUCAUUAGCCUGGAGUAUUUAGCACUUUUUUUAGCGGCACAUAUUUAGCAAUCGGUUUCAAAGGACUAAGCGAUCUCAGAGAUGAGUUGUGCAGCGCCACGAUGUCGACCACCGCCGUGUGGACCUUGUGGGUCCGCUUGUAAGCCCUGCGGCGGCGGUGGCUGCUGCGGAUCCUGCUGCGGCGGUGGACCCUGCCGGGGAGGUGGUUCCUGCGGAUCAGGUGGAUGCUGCUGCGGACCCUGCGGCGGAUGUUGUGGUCCGCCGCCUUGUGCCGUUGUCUCAUACCGCCUAACAUGUGGCCCCGUGGGUCCGUUACUGCCAUGCAUGAAGUGCACCUGCAACUGCGGAUGUUGCAACAGCGGCUGUGCCCCACCCUUUUACUAUGUGCCGAACAAAUGCAAGCAUUGCUGGGAGUGGGGCUGUUUCGGCCCGCUUUACUAGUACCCUGUAGUACCCUGUUGUUGCACUUUUGAUGAAACUUUUCAUAUUUUUGAAUGCAAUAAAUCCAUGUGUCAGCCAGA